AUGAAAUUCUUAAUUUCCCUUCUUGUUUUAGUUUGUAUGGUCUUUGUUGCCAACGCUGGAACCUGCCCAGAUAGCCCAUUCAUCGACGCUUCACUCGUGGGUAGAGGAAAAUACAAAGAUAUGGCUAAACCUCCAUACGUCAAGACUCCAAAGGAUCUCAAUUCUACUGAACUCCACAAGCAUGAAAACUGGAUGAAGCUCGCUCUCCAAAUCACCAAGGCUGUCAACGGUCGUUUCGGUGCCGUCAUUGUCAAUGAAAACGGUACUCUUGCUUGCACUGGUGUCAACCAAGGUAAGAUCAACCGUAUCAACCACGGUGAAAUCGUUGCCAUCAACAACUGCUCCAACCUCUACACCAAAAACAUGUUUGAAGGCUGGACCCUCUACACUACCGGUGAACCAUGUCCAAUGUGUCAAGCUGCCAUCAUGUGGACCAAGUUCAAGACCGUUGUCUUUGGCUCAUACGUCUCCAACAUGUACUGUGAACGUUGUCUCAACCAACUCCCAAUCAGCUCUGCUGCCAUCAACUCUCUCGGUUACGGUAUUGGUCACUACACUGAAAUCAUCGGUGGUGUCUUGGAAAAGGAAACCGACAAGCUCUUCCCAACCUUCUGUAAGACUCCAAAGGCCGACCCAUCUGGUAUCCAAGCCGUCUGCAACAACGGAUGGUCCCGUAAGUGCUCUACCACCAACUCUGCCUUUGGUGCCUUUGACCCAGCCGUCCAAACCUACCACUCUGACUCUGACUCUGACUAA